AUGUUUAUCACGGACACUGGUAUCAUUAAGUUUUCUUUGAUUCUUCUUGGAACCUUGUAUAUUUUUCUUUCCCUUCUACUUCUAGUUUUUAACCAUGCCUCGGCUACUGGAUUAACAUUCGAUAUUGUUAGUCUUGGAGCAAUGCCCGAUGAAAAGACCGAUACCGAUGUCUCGUCUGUGCUUCAAACGGCAUGGGCUAAGGCCUGUAACUCUUCUCAACCAGCCACUAUUUACAUUCCCAAGGGUAUAUUUUAUGUUCGAAAUGUGAGCUUUAAUGGGCCUUGUAAGAACAAUGCGAUUACUGUUCUCAUUGAUGGAACUCUUGUGGCAUCCUCGGACAUUCAAGUUUUAGCUAAAACUAAAUCUUGGAUUGAGUUUAGUCACAUAGAUGGGCUUUCCAUUACUGGCGGUAUUAUUGAUGGGCAAGGAACUGCCUUAUGGAAUUGUAAACACUUGGGGAAGAGUUGCCCCAUUGGAGCCACGAGUCUUCAAAUAAAUGAUGCACAAAACUUGAACAUCACUGGAUUAUCUUCAAUUAACAGCCAAAUGUUCAACAUUGUGGUGUAUCGGUGUCAAAACGUGAAUAUGACAAGAGUGAAUGUCUCCGCUGCAGGCGAUAGUCCAAACACUGAUGGCAUCCAUGUGCAACAAUCAUCAAAUGUGACCAUCCUCAACUCGAGCAUUAGCAACGGUGACGACUGCAUCUCAAUCGGUCCAGGGACCUCCAACUUGUGGAUGGAAAGUAUUACAUGUGGACCUGGACAUGGAAUCAGCAUUGGGAGCUUGGGGAUGGAGACUGAGGAAGAUGGAGUGCAUAACGUCACAGUGAAAUCAUCUAUUUUCACGGGGACUCAGAAUGGAGUAAGGAUUAAGUCUUGGGGACGACCAAGCAAUGGAUCCGCUACAAAAGUUUACUUUCAACACAUUAUUAUGGAUAAUGUGAAAAAUCCAAUCAUAAUUGAUCAAAAUUAUUGUCCACAUCUUAAAGACUGUCCUGGUCAGGCUUCCGGAGUUAAAGUUAGCGAAGUAACCUAUGAAGACAUCAAGGGAACUUCAGCCACUGAAAUAGCAAUCAAUUUUGAUUGUAGUCCAACAAAUCAUUGCACUGGAUUAAGCUUGAAAGACAUAAAUCUAACUUACGAGAAUCACAUCGCUAAAGCUUCAUGUAAAAAUGCCGAAGGAACUACCUCUGGUGUGGUUGAACCUUCUAGUUGCUUAGCAUAA